UAUAUCAACACUAUCAUAAUCACUAUCGUUAUCACUACCACCAUCACUACAAUUAACAACAUAGUAGUGCCCGGCUUUUCCCCCUCCCUCUAUAUGUUUGGGUGAGAGCAUUCUGCUGCAGAGCAACCAUCCUCCACCGACCAACCUGACAGUACAUACACACGCACACACAGACAUAUAUAUUCAUAUACACUCGAUUAACUCAGCAUUUAGUCUUGUAAUAUUCAGAGUGUUGUGGUGUAGUUUACUGCAGACAUUCUAAAGCAAAACUACCAUUCACCUCUUCACCAUACAAAUUCACAAUAAUUAAAGGAAGAAAAAGUAAAGAACUAACAAUGACUCGAUCUUUGAAGUUUUCGGCUAAACUCAGCCCUUCUGAUCCACAAACCACUCCCGUCCGCAUCAUUGGACAAAUCAGGAACUUGAACAAAAUUGGGUACGAUGAUGUCAAAAUGAAGUUGGAGCCUGUGAUUACUGCUGAAAUGUAUUCUACUGCUUUGGCCUCUUUGCGUCCAUCACCAACAGAUUCGUGUCCUCUCUGGUUGAAUAUGGCAUCAAUAGCUGCUCUACCAACUCAGUGCAGCCGUCACAAUACUCCUUCUCGGGCCCAUGCACUCACCAAAUUGGUGAAGAGCUCUUUAACUGGACGUAAAGAAUUCAUUGUGAUGAUCUGUGAGCGUCGAGAUGUGUUGGCAUCAGCUUGCGCUAUUGCACGUGCACUUCCCGAAUAUUCCUGCAAGGCAAGCUGUACAAACAGUGUUUCGCAGUCAGUUACUGUAGAAUUUAUCUUAGUUGGUAAUGACUGUGAAACCCCUCUUGCUGCUAGUGAUUUGGAUUGCCUUCAAACAGUCACAUCUGGCAUUAGACUGGCUGCUAGACUUGUGGAUGCUCCUUGUUCUGAAAUGCAUACUGAUGCCUUUGUGGAUGAAAUUUCUAAAAUUGGUGCUGAAUUAAAUAUUACUCCUCUUAUAAUUCGUGGAAAUGAACUUGCUGAAAAAGGAUUUGGAGGUGUUUACAAUGUUGGUAAAGCUGCAGCUCAUCCACCUGCAUUGGUUGUUCUGAGCCAUAAACCAGAAAAGGCCACAUAUAAUAUAUGUUGGGUUGGUAAAGGAAUUGUCUACGACACUGGUGGUUUAUGUAUCAAAUCUAAGGCAACCAUGCUGGGUAUGAAACGGGAUUGUGGGGGAGCAGCUGCCAUUCUUGGUGCUUUUUAUUCAACUGUCAAGUUGGGCUUCACGGAAAACUUACAUGCCAUCUUCUGCCUAGCGGAAAAUGCCAUUAGUCCUGAUGCACUCCGUCCAGAUGAUAUCAUCAAUAUGUAUUCAGGGAGAACAGUUGAGGUCAACAACACGGAUGCAGAAGGCAGAUUGGUUCUUAGUGAUGGUGUGGCUUAUGCACAAAAAGACCUCAAAGCUGAUAUUGUGAUAGAUGUUGCUACUCUGACAGGGGCUCAGGGAGUGGCAACUGGUCGUUUCCAUGCAGGUAUAGUAACCAAUAAUGAGAAUUGGGAAAAUGCUUGUUUAAAAGCUGGCCGUGUCAGUGGUGAUCUUGUACACGCAAUGCCAUACACUCCGGAAUUGCAUUUUGUUGAAUUUUCUAGUGCUUUAGCUGACAUGAAAAAUUCUGUUGCUGAUCGAAGUAAUGCCCAAGUUUCAUGUGCUGGCCUUUUUAUAGCUUCAAGUUUAGGAUUUGAUUAUUCCGGUAUCUGGUUACAUAUAGAUAUGGCAUUUCCAGUCUAUUCUGGAGAACGUGCUACUGGUUAUGGAGUUGCUCUUCUGGCAACACUGCUUGGAGAGGGUUCUUCAAAUUCCUUGUUGCAGUAUGUAGCACCACCUUUAGUAGAGAACUCAAUGGAUAUUGAAGAAAAUGAAGUCAAAAGAAUUCGCUUAGAAUGAAAACGAAGCAAACACAAACCAAAAAUUGGCAAGCCCUGCCUCUCCUUUGCGUGGAUUUGUUCUAUGCCAUUUGCUUGUACCAAACCAGAAUUUGGGUAGCCAAGCCAAGACUUCCUGUUGCUACUGCUACCUAGCCUUUUUCUCCUCCUUCAUAACAACAACAACAAUUACAACAGCAAAAAUAAUUAUAGUUCAUCACAUAGCAAACCUGUAGACAUUUUAGUGUAUUAAUAAUACUUUCACACACCCUCUCUUGCUCUACCCCUUUCUCACACACAUGUAUACACAUACUGCCUUCCUCCCCUCUCCCCCCUGCUACUUGUUUCUAUCACUCUCUCACUAACCCUGUUCUUCUUGACCCCUUCCAACAGCUAUUUUCCCUCCUUCCCUUCAGUUUCUUUUUGUAUAUCUGUAUUUAAAAGUUAAUAAACAACAACGGAUUCUUGAAUAAGGUGAAUAAUGAUAAAAGUCUGUAUAAGAUUUAUUUUUGUAAAUGAUUAACAUUAUAUAUAUAUAUAUAUAUAUAUAUAUAUAUAUGUGUGUAUGUAUAUGUAUGUAUAUCAUGCCAAGGACCUAUCAUCCUUUAAGGGAUGUUUGCAUCCUAGUCCUCCGGUUUAUACCAGUGUUCAUUAUAUAUAUAUGUAUGUAUGUAUGUAAUAUAUGUAUAUAUAUAUGUGUGUGUGUGUAUAUACAUAUAUGCAUAUAUAUAUGUGUAUAUAUAUAUAUAUAUAUACACACACAUAUAUGUAUAAAUACAUAUAUGUAUAUAUAUAUACAUAUAUAUGUGUAUAUAUAUAUACAUAUAUAUUUAUGUAUUAUAUAUAUAUAUAUAUAUGUAUUUAUACAUAUAUAUGUCUGUAUAUAUGUAAUGCAUCCAUAAAUACAUUCACACAUCAUCAUUUAACACCCAUGUUUCUUGGUUGCAUGCUUCAAUCGUAUUUGAUUAGACUGAAGACUGUGUUAGUCUCCAGUGUCUGGCUUGCCAAGGUUUCUACAGACACUGAAAACCAGCACAGUCCUCAGGUUAAUCUGAUACUGUUGAACCAUCCAGCUCAUGCCAGCAAGGAACAUGCAUGCUAAAUGAUAUAGAUAUACAUAAAUAUAUAUAUAUAUAUAUGUAUGUAUAUUUGAAGCUGAAGAUUACAUGCUUAUGCUGCAAAUGAAAUCUCUCCAUAGCUGCUUCAUUAGGUUGUGUAGGGAAAAAAAUGUAUGGCUAAUCUGAAUGGAAUCAUCCUCACAUUUUGCCACACUACUUGGAUGAAUCCAUGAUGAUAAAACUCAAACCUAUAAACCAUGUAAUCUUUACCUUCAAAUAAAUAUAUUACAGUCUACUAUUAAUUAUUAAUAAACAUACAAGUGUUUGUAUGCAUUUGUGUGUGUGUGUGUUUAUAUAUAUAUAUUGUUCCGCUUGGGGAUGGUCAUAUUUUGCCAAUUAAACACGUACUAUUUAUUUGAUCUUCAUUUUAGCUUUAUUAUUAUUAUUAUCUUUAGUUUCUUUGUCAAAGCUCUUUCUUCACACAUUUUAUGACCUCUUCAGCAACACUCUAUCUCACAUGUCUCCUCUUAUUCUGCUUCUUCCAUUUUGUGUUUCUUACCACAGAAUGUCUGAUGAAAGAACUUUAACAAAGAAACGAAAAUAAUAAUAAUGAAGUGAAGACCAAAUAUUGUGCAUGUGUUUAAUUGGCAAAAUGUGACUAUCCUUAAGUGUAACAAUAUCUACAUCAAGAACCUUGCAAAACAAAUACACACACACAAUUGUUAACACUAUUAUUAUUUAAAAUAUGGAGAUAUUUGAUGUAUUUGAUUAUUGAAAAUGUUUAUGCACAAAUGUUUAUUACGUUUUAUGAUAAUAUAUAGCAAACACUAUCUUAUUUUUUAUUGUAUUUUAGUUUUAUAUUUACUUUUAUUGACUACUCUGGGACUAAUACCUUCAUCUGUUUGAAUCAAUUUAUUAUUAUUAUUAUUAUCAUCAUCAUCCAGGCAGAGAGCUGGCAGAGUUGUCAAUGUGCUGGACAAAAUGCUUUUGCAGCAUUUCCUCUGGCUCUUUGCAUUCUGACUGAGUUCAAAUCCUGCUGAGGUUGACCUUGCCUUUCAUUCUUUUGGGAUUGAUGAAAUAAGUUAUCAGUUGAGCACUGGGGUCGAUUUAAUCAACUAGUCCACCUUCCCCUAAAAUUGUCGGCCCUGUGGCAAAAUAAGAAUUAUUUAAAUCAUUGAGCUGACAGAAUUGUUAGCACACUGGAUAAAAUUCUUAGCACCAAAUGGUGUCUGAUUUUACAUUCUGGGUUCAAAUUCUGUUCAGGUCAACCUUGCCUCUCAUCCUUUUGGGUUUGUGUAACUGGCCUGCCCUUCCCCUACCAAUUUCAGGCCUAGUACCUAUAGUAGAAAAGAUUACUAUUAUUAUUAUUUUCUUUUUAAUUUCCUGCCUAAAACAAAUCUUUUUGUUACUUCUCAUGUCAUCCAAACAGGGAUUUGGGAAUCUGGGAUUGUUAUUUGUGAGUCUAGAAAAAAAAAAUUUGAAACCUUUUAAAAAUAGUGUUAGCACAAUUUGCACAAAAUUUCUCACAGGAGUCACAAUGAAAAUGCUUGUGCUGCUGUGACUCCCCACCAAUCUAUUUUUUCUUCUUAUUUUUUUAUUUUUAUUUUUUUAUUUCAAAAAUCUCUUUUUCCUCCACUUCUGAUUUACAAAAUUGAAAGAAAAGAAAGAAGAAAAAACAAAAAAAUUAUGUAAACUAAAAAAAAAACUGAUUCAGGACUUUGUUUUUGGCUUUUGUCCUCGUCUUUUUAAAGGAAAAUUCAACAAAAAUAAAAUUCUUUUUAAUGCACUCUU